AUGCCACGUCUAGAGUUAUUAGCUACAUUAGAAGUAAACAUUAACAUCAUUAUAGGUCACCAAGAUCGCGUCUGGCAAGCGUCUUGGCAUCCAACCAAGACUAUAUUAGCCACUUGUUCAGGCGACAAGACAGUUCGUCUGUGGGCUCCCAUUUCCCCCACAAACCCAACAGAAUGGCAAUGUGUAGAGACUCUUGAAGGCGCUCAUAAACGUACCAUUCGUAGUGUUGCUUGGUCUCCAACCGGAAAUGAACUAGCUACUGCCAGUUUCGAUGCAACCACUGGCAUUUGGGAACAUGAUGCUCGUGAAGAUAAUUGGGAAUGUGUUGCUACUCUUGAAGGACAUGAAAAUGAAAUCAAGUCGGUCUCUUGGUCAGCCACGGGUGCCCUUUUGGCCACUUGUAGUAGAGAUAAAAGCGUCUGGAUCUGGGAGGUUGAGUCAGAUAACGAUUUUGAGUGUCUUAGUGUAUUACAGGAACAUGCCCAAGAUGUCAAGAUGGUCGCUUGGCAUCCCAAGUUGGAAAUACUGGCAUCCGCUAGUUAUGAUGAUACAAUCAAGAUUUGGAAAGAGGAUGAGGAUGAUUGGUACUGUGCUGACACCCUUAGUGGCCAUCAAUCGACUGUCUGGUCGAUAGAUUUUGAUGCUACGGGCGAUCACUUGGUCUCUGCUUCAGAUGAUCAAACGAUACGUAUUUGGAAGAUGUAUAAACCAAAUAAUCCUCAAGGCAUUCCAACACAUAAUGGAGAGGCCGCUUGGAAGACAAUCUGCACCUUGUCUGGUUAUCAUGAUAGAUGUAUUUAUUCUGUCUCAUGGUCAAAAGUAAAUAAUUACAUUGCAAGUGUCAGUGGUGACAAUACAAUUCGCAUAUUCGCAAAAGAUACAGAAGCUACAACGGAUGAAGACAGUCCAAUCUUUAAAAACAUAAUAACAGAAAAAGAUGCUCAUGGUGUAUAUGAUAUCAAUGGUGUAUCAUGGUUUCCUAAUGAAAGACAUGGCGACUGGCUUGCUACAGUAGGCGAUGAUGGUAUUGUUCGUAUUUGGAGAGUAAUAGAAUAA